ACAGGAGAGCGACCCCGAGAACGAAAUGUGCUGCGAGAAGUGGAACCACGUGGCCGAAAUGCUGCUCUUCAUUGAGGACCGCGACGAGGAGUACAAGAUCCUUUGCCUCUGCUCCCGGGCAUUUGUGGAGGAUCGAAAAUUGUACAACUUGGGAUUAAAAGGCUACUAUGUCAAAAGCAGUGGCAAUAAUGGAGGAGACCAAGCUACAGAAGAGGAGGAAGAUGAUGGCACCGCAGAGUCACACAGCAAAGAUGCGAGCCCAGAUGAAAGUGAACUUGAUUCUGAGGCCAAACUCAUGAGAAGUAUGGGAUUGCCAAUUCAGUUUGGAAGAGUGUCUGCACAUGAGAGUUUUGAGGUGUCUAUGAAUACUAGAAAUAAAGCUAAAGUAAAGCAAAAGAGAAGAAAACACCAAAAGAAGUACUUAGAGGAAAUGGUACGAGAAUCUUGGAGAAAUGACUGUGAAGAAGAUGAUGUUGUAGUUUCAGAUGAUCCAUCAGUUGAACACUGCGAAAAUAAUGGAACAUGUGAAUUUCCAAGCAAAACAGAUACUGGAACAGAAAACCUUCCUGUUGAAAAUCCACUAUCACCAAAGCUAGAGGUCACAGAGAAUUGGGAAAAGUAUUGGAAUGAAUAUGGAGAAGGGCUGCUGUGGCAAAGCUGGCAGGAAAAACAUCCAGAUCAGACACUGUCUUCUGAGCCUUGGAACCUUCCUGAUACAAAGGAAGAAUGGGAGCAACAUUAUAGUCAGCUUUAUUGGUAUUAUCUGGAACAGUUUCGGUAUUGGGAAGCUCAGGGUUGGACUUUUGCUGCCUCACAGAACUGUGAUAUAGAUGCGUAUGCAUCUCAAGCAGAGGUUGACAAAAAGGAGGAGAGCAGCAUGAAAGUUGACUUAAUGUCUCGUUCGUCUUCACCUAACACAGUUGAUGAUGAAAGCUCUGGUUCAAAUGAUAAAGAUCAGAAUGAAAUACUUACUGGAAUUAAUAACAUAAUUCUGAGUUCGGAGGAAGUAGAACAGAGCCAGUUAGAGUCCUCUGUACACUGUGACAAGCAGGUGAGGGAGAGUGGCCGUGGCAAAGAGUGUCCUGCCUCUGGAGGAAGUGACCCUGGUAAUGGAGCACCCGAGGAAAGUAACCUAUCUGGGAACAGAAGCACAGACCCGCCAGCUCAAGAGUUGAAGGAGUCUUCAGUAACAAAUACAAGCAAAGAUCAAGCAUACCCUGACAGGGCUGAUGGAAAUGAGAGUGACGAUGAUCCACCUGAACACAAGCCCAGCAAAGUGAAGAGAAGCCAUGAAUUGGACAUCGAUGAAAACCCAAAUUCAGAAGUUGAUGACAAUGGUUUACUUCUAGGAUUCAAGCAUGGCUCAGGACAAAAGUAUGGUGGAAUUCUAAAUUUCAGUCAUCGACAGGUCAGGUAUCUAGAGAAGAAUGUGAAAUACAAAUCACAGUAUCUGGAUAUGCGCAAGCGAAUGACUGUAAAGAACAAGCACAUCCUGUUCACCGAAGAGUCAGGAAAACCCCUCCUCAAGAAGAGUAAAGUACGGAGUAAGGUGGAAAAAUUCCUAAAAUGGGUUAAUAAACCAGUAGAUGAGGAGACAUCACAGGAGUCAGUUUGUCACAACAAAAUGCAAGACACUUGCACAAGCAGUGACUCUGAGGAUCAAGACAUGCCCUUGGAGAAAGCUGGUGACCUGAUGGAGACCAGAGAUCCAGAACCUGACACAUGCCAGACCAUCUCUUCAGCCAGUGAACUUGAAGCAGAAAAGAAGCAAGGAGGUUCCGGAACAACUGCUCCCGAGAAGCAGGGUUGUGUAACUGAAGAGAUAGCUAACUCUCCCCAAGCAGAAACAGGAGUUGAAUUGAAGAAGAAAAAGAAGAAAAAAAACAAGAACAAAAAAAUAAAUGGUUUGCCACCUGAAAUAGCCUCUGUCCCAGAGCUGGCAAAGUACUGGGCCCAGAGAUACAGGCUCUUCUCUCGCUUUGAUGAUGGGAUCAAGUUGGACAAAGAGGGCUGGUUUUCAGUUACUCCUGAGAAGAUUGCUGAGCAUAUUGCUGGCCGUGUCAGUCAGUCCUUCAAAUGUGACAUUGUAGUAGAUGCUUUCUGUGGAGUUGGAGGAAAUACCAUUCAGUUUGCCUUAACAGGGAAAAGAGUGAUUGCCAUUGAUAUUGACCCAGUUAAGAUUGAUCUUGCUCGUAAUAAUGCUGAAGUUUAUGGGGUAGCAGAUAAGAUAGAGUUUAUCUGUGGAGAUUUCCUACUCUUGGCUCCCUGUGUGAAGGCUGAUGUUGUAUUCCUAAGCCCGCCUUGGGGGGGACCAGAUUAUGCUACUGCAGAGACCUUCGACAUUAGGACAAUGAUGUUUCCUGAUGGCUUUGAAAUUUUCAGGCUUUCCCAGAAGAUCACUAAUAAUAUUGUUUAUUUUCUUCCAAGAAAUGCUGAUAUUGACCAGGUGGCGUCUUUGGCUGGGCCUGGAGGGCAAGUAGAAAUAGAGCAGAACUUUCUUAACAACAAAUUAAAGACAAUCACUGCAUAUUUUGGUGACCUGAUCAGAAGACCAGCCUCUGAAGCGGAAGUGUGAGGACAGCAAGAUCAUGAAGAGUCAGAGUGGCAUUUGAACUCGAGACACUUGGGAAGGUCUUCUAGGCUCCUUGACAUUGUGUGCAUAUGUGAUAUGGAAAUCUUUCUGAGUUUUAAUGAAUGCUAAUGACGUGGUUUGAGAUCUUCGGGUAAUAUUAACUGAACUGUGUUCUGUACUUUAAAACAGUAAGCAUCAGGGCCAGGUGGUGGCAGGUACCUAUUAUAAUCCCAGCACUUCAGAGGUUCAAGGCUAUUCUGUGCUACAUAAAUUCAAGGGCAGCCUGAGUUACCUGAGACCUUGCCUCAAAAAAAUAAUCUUGGCAUGACCCUGUGCUUAAAUUAAGUGCAUCUGUAUAUAUAUGUAUGUUCCUAUUCUUUAUGUUUUAGUUUAACAUCUUUGUGUAUGUGUAAAUAAUUGCUUUUUUAUAUGCAAAGAAAAACAAAGCAGUUCUGCCUACAUGUUUAACCCUUAGUGAAAUAAUGCUGCUAAUUUAAUGCUAUAACAAGAAAAGUAAAACUCUCCCACUGCCUUACCUAAUUUUUAUUCAGCUGUCUAAAGAUAAUUCCCACUACCUUACCUAUUUUUUACUCAACUGUCUAAAGAUAAUCACAGUUAACAAUGUUUUGUAUUUUACUUUUUUAUUACAUUUGUAUUUCGUGUGCAUGCAUAGAGGUCAGAGAACAACUUGGAGAGAUCUGUUCUCUGUGUCUACUGUGUGGGUUCCUGGGAGUCAGGUUCAGGUAUCAGGCUAAAUAUAUGGCAAGAGCCUUUACCUACUGAACCAUCCUGCUGGUCCCCAUGUUAAUUCUUCUGAAGAAAAGAUUGAAUUGCAGUAUACCAGUGUAUACAGACACACUUUUCCUUUGAUACACUGUUCAUUCAGUGCCUUCCCUUUUUGGAUACUUAAUGUAUAUUUUAUAAAAUAGACGCCUUUUUUAGAGUGUGAGAGUGUGAAUGUGUGUGUGCACACUCAGCCCCAUACCCAUGUAUAUUAUAUGCAGGUUCCCAGAGUCCAGGGAAGGGAGUUGGGUCUCUUGGAGCUGGAGUUACAGGUGGUUGUGAGCUGCCCAGUGUGGGUACUAAGAAAUUCACAUGACUCUUUUGAUCUUCGAUACUGAGGCAUCUCUCCAGCCCAAAAUGCUUUUAUUUAAUCAAUGUUUUUAUUUUUCUAUUUUGGUGUGGUUUGUUUUUACAGAUACCUUGUGUGACCCAGACCAGCCUCAAAUUUGUUGUAUACCUGAGGAUGACUUUGAGCUCCUGACCCUCCUGCCUCCACACCUGGCUUAUCAGUUUAUCUUGAAGGCCAUUCCAUUUCAGUCCAUACAUGUCAAUCUACCUCGUGUUUUACAUGGCUGUCUUGCCUUCCACCAUCUGUGUAUAUAAACUACUUCCCUAGCGAGAGGCACUCAAGCAGUUUUUAUGGUUUUACUAUUACCGACUAUUAUGUAUGGUCUUUCCUUACAAUAUUUGCUGUUGAACAAGUAUUUCAGUUGGUAAGUUUCUAGCAGUUAGACCAUAGGUCUUGUGUACAAUUCAGUCUUGAUAAAUACAGCCAGAGUGCUUCAAUAAAGUUGAACUUGCUUUUAGGCUUAUUUAUCUCAAA